AUGGCAUUUUAUGAUCCAAAUCGACCUACAAAAUUGACAGUGGAUGCAAUUCCUGUCGGACUUGGUGCAGUAUUAGCCCAAACACAAGAAAAUGGGCAAGAUCGCUGCAUAGCGUAUGCUAGUCGUUCCCUAACGCCUGUGGAAGCUCGCUACUCGCAGACCUAAAAAGAAGCAUUGGCUGCAGUGUGGGGUUGUGAACGUUUUCAUCUUUACCUUGUUGGAACACAAUUUGACCUCAUCACUGACCACAAACCAUUGGAAGUCAUUUACAGCCCAAAGUCCAAACCGCCACUCCGGAUAGAACGUUGGUUACUACGAUUGCAACAAUACAAGUUUAAUAUCAAGUAUCGACCAGGUAGCAGCAACCCAGCUGACGUGUUGUCUCGACAACCUUUAUUCACCAACUACAAGUCAAGUACCAUAGCGGAGAAAUAUGUCAGUUUCAUCCAAAGUCACUCGGUUCCUAAAUCUCUCACGCUCGAUGAGAUUCGUAUCGCAACGUUAAAUGAUCCUGAAUUGCAGAGAGUAACCAGCGCAGUAAAGGAGGAUCGAUGGAACAAAACAGAUAGUUGUUUAAGCCCAUAUCGUAAUCAGCACGAACAGUUGACAGUUUCGGAAUGUGGAGUUAUACUACGAAAUGCACAGAUCGUUAUCCCAAAGAGUCUCCGUAGUCGUGUCCUUUCUAUCGCUCAUGAAGGACAUCAAGGGAUAGUUAAAACUAAAAUGCUUGUACGCAGUAAAGUAUGGUGGCCUGGUAUUGACAAGCAAGUGGAGCAAAUGGUUAAAGAAUGUAUACCCUGCCAAGCAGCAGUACACCAGUCACCAAAAUGUGAACCACCCCUGAAUAUGACAAAGUUACCUCCACAUCCUUGGCACACACUUAAUGCAGAUUUCUGUUGUCCAUUCCCAAAUGGCGAGAAAUUGUUGGUCGUGAUUGACGCCUAUUCCAGAUAUCCAGAAGUUGAAGUGAUGCAAAGCACGACAACCACGGUUGUGAUCUCCAAACUCCAAAGAAUCUUUGCCCGACAUGGAUAUCCCGAAGAAUUGAUAACCGAUAACGGACCCCCGUUCAAUGCGGUUGAGUUCACCGAAUAUCUAGCUGCACAUGGAGUCCAUCACCGCCGAAUCACACCUUAUUGGCCUCAAGCCAACGGUGAGGCAGAGCGAUUCAUGAAAACAGUAACAAAAGCAAUCCGUACUGCUCAUUCGGAAGGAAAAAGAUGGCAAAGUGAAUUGGAUCUUUUUCUUCUCAACUACAGAUCCACACCUCAUUCUACGACACACACUAGUCCAGCUGAAGUUUUGUUCAAUCGCUCAAUUAGAUUUAAGCUUCCUAGUUUCUCAUCCCUACAACACAAUGAUGGCCCUAUGGAACACCACGUUGUUCGAGAUAAGGAGGAAAAGGAGAAAAUGAAAGUCCAUGCUGAUAGAAGAAACAACGCGAAAGAAAGUCAGUUGAAAGUUGGUGAUCAUGUGCUAAUGCAAGUCCCGAAGGACAAUAAGUUAUCAAUGCCUUUCAAUCCAAAACCAUUUAAAGUGAUUGAAAUCAAAGGCAACAUGGUAACAGCUCGUAAUACAGAGCGCACCGUAACCCGGAAUGUAUCGUGUUUCAAAUGUCUCACAAAUUACAAGAACGCAAGUGAGGAAGACCAGAAUGAUGAAGAAGACGAUUUUGACGACGACAUAGUAGAAAACCAGCAACCAACAAUAGUUGAAGAGCAACAACAAGAUCUACCAGAUCUACAACGAAGGUAUUGUCUUAGACAAAAUCGAAGACCACCGGACUUUUAUAGAAGUUAG